AUGUACUCGUAUUACUUAAGCUUUUCCAAAACCAAAUUUCGCAUACUCGAUUCACAGAUUUUCAAUUUGCAAGCUUCAGCCUUAAAUAACACAGUAAAGGCAGAAAUAGACAUUCUAGUGUUCAAUCGUGUGCCAAAAACCGGCAGCGUUCAAAUGAUUCACCUGCUACGCCAGCUGGGAAAAGUACAUAGUUUCGAAGUUGAGGUCGAUCCACAGAAUGGUGGCAUACGUGCUAUACUAAGCGAGAAUGAAGAAAAGGAUUUAAUUGAAAAUAUUGCCGAAUCAGAAGAUGGUACUGUCUUUGUUAGCCAUGUAAAUUAUUUAAAUUUUACCAAGUAUGAGAAGCCACGUCCCAUUUAUGUGAAUAUGGUGCGAGAUCCGGUGGAACGGGUUAUUAGUUGGUACUAUUACAUACGAUCACCGUGGAUAUUUGUGCCGAAACGUCGAAAAAGCCAACGGGAAAUGCCGAAUCCCCAAUGGGUUAAUACCGAGUUCGAUCAGUGUGUGUUGCGUGGCGAUAAAGUUUGCACGUACAUCGAAGGCUCCACCUUAGAGCGAGUGGGCGAUCAUCGUCGGCAAACAUUAUUCUUCUGCGGUCAUAAUGCACGUAAAUGCCUGCCAUUUAAUACAAAAUUGCCAAUGCAAAUUGCUAUGCGUACGGUAGAAGAGGAAUAUGCUGUGGUGGGUACAUGGGAAGACACCAAUGUGACGCUGAGUGUGCUGGAGAAUUAUAUACCAUCUUAUUUUCGUGGCGCUAAAAAUAUGUAUUUUAUGGGCAUGCAGAAUAAUAUAGAAAACCACAAUCCUAUGAAGCCUGAAAUCGGCGAAGAUAUCAAGGAAAUGGUGCGCAAAAAUUUUACACAAGAAAUUGAAUUCUAUCAGUUUUGUCGGCAACGUCUACAUAAACAAUAUUUUGCAAUUAAAUUGAAAGAACUUAUGGCUGUUGAUAAAGAUUUACAGAAAAUUCGCCGAACGCAGUUACAAAAAAAAUAA